AUGCAUCGUCUUUUUGCUGAGCUGGAGCCAUCUUUAACCGUCACAGAGCAAAACCUGGCAGACCGAGUUCGGUAUAUCUUGCGCUCAAAUAUAUUUGAUGUCGCCGAACUCGAACGGCUACGACGUGAGGCUGUUCCCUCGUCGGAUGAGAAUGCUACGGCUGAGGAUGCGGCGCCACAAAUGGUAGAGCAACCCGCAAACGUGGAUGCCGCCGUGGAUACCCCAGUUGUGGUUGAUUCAAGCGAUGAUGGAACAGUCACCCAGGAACUGGAAUUAGAGCAUAUGAGGAAUACAUUGGAAGAGGCGAUUGUGGAAACGCGCAGUACGCCUCUCGAAAAUCGACCGCGACUUCCCCGCAUAGCCCUAAGCAAGCGGAAUCGGGCUGUCGUGAGGGCUCUGAACCCAAUGCUGGUGACCUAUUUGGAAGCCAGCCGGGACCUUUGCGAGACGGACUCAAUUCUUUUUGGCGCCGCGCUGGCAGUGUGCCGUAUCACAGGUGACAAGGUUUCCACGGCUGGACGCGCUAAUGGCCAUAGUAGCGCUAUCCCAGCAUGGAGAAGAAGAAUUGAGGAACGUAUCGCAAAGGCUAGAGCUCUCAUUGGCAGACUGAUAUGCUACAGAUCAGGCAACAACAGGCCAAGAAAUGUGCGCACCGUCAGGAUGGCGUUUGCUGGGACAAAUGUCAGUUUGUCCCAGCCGGAUAUAACGCAAAAACUGACGGAGCGCAUAGAUGAUCUGAAGCAGAGAAUCGCUGCUUGGGGAAAGCGGAUUCGGCGAUAUACCGAGAGGUCGACACGGUUCAACCAGAAUCGUCUCUUCCAGAGUGAUCAGAAGAGGCUCUAUGAAUCAUUGGAGCGACCAAUGGUAAGUGGAACGGGUCCAGCACCGAAUCAGGCCGACACUGUAGCAUUCUGGCGCGGCCUGUGGUCAGAGCCCGUAAACCACAGCGAGGGCCCUUGGACGGAAGUUGUGGCGAGUCAGUGUGCGGGUAUUACGCCCAUGGACCCCGUCAUCAUAACGCCGGAUGACGUAGCUGAGGCGGUCCGUAGGGCCCGAACUGGAAAAGUCCGGGGCUUGACGGGCUGCAUCACUACUGGCUGA